AUGGAUCCUGGGCAGCCUCAAACGCAGCAGCCGCCGCAGGCAGCGCAGCCCCCGGCCUCGCAGCAGCAGCAGCCGCCGCCGCAGCCCCCCGGCGCGGUGUCGGGGGCCCCGGCCGGCGCGGCGCAGCCCCCGGGUGCGGGGCCCCCUCCGGCGGGGCACCAGAUCGUCCAUGUGCGGGGCGACUCGGAGACCGACUUGGAGGCGCUGUUCAACGCCGUGAUGAACCCCAAGGGCGCCAACGUGCCACACACGCUGCCCAUGCGACUGCGGAAACUGCCCGACUCCUUCUUCAAGCCGCCCGAGCCCAAGGCCCACUCCCGCCAGGCCAGCACUGAUGCCGGGACAGCAGGAGCCCUGACCCCACAGCAUGUCCGAGCUCAUUCCUCUCCAGCAUCACUGCAGCUGGGAGCUGUUUCUCCAGGGACACUUACACCCUCUGGAGUAGUGACUGGACCCGGAGCUCCAUCUUCUCAACACCUCCGCCAGUCUUCUUUUGAGAUCCCUGAUGAUGUGCCUUUGCCACCAGGUUGGGAGAUGGCUAAGACACCAUCUGGACAGAGAUACUUUCUUAACCACAUUGAUCAAACAACAACAUGGCAAGAUCCUAGGAAGGCUAUGCUUUCCCAGAUGAAUGUUACAGCUCCCACCAGUCCUUCUGUGCAGCAGAACAUCAUGAACUCUGCAUCAGGCCCACUCCCCGAUGGAUGGGAACAAGCUAUGACCCAGGAUGGAGAAAUUUACUACAUAAACCAUAAGAACAAGACCACAUCUUGGCUAGACCCAAGGCUUGACCCACGCUUUGCCAUGAAUCAGCGAAUCAGCCAAAGUGCUCCAGUCAAACAGCCACCUCCUCUGGCUCCUCAGAGUCCCCAGGGUGGUGUGAUGGGAGGGAGUAGCUCCAAUCAGCAGCAACAGAUGAGACUUCAGCAGCUACAGAUGGAGAAAGAAAGGCUGAGACUGAAGCAUCAAGAACUGCUUCGGCAGGUGAGGCCACAGGCAUUGCGGAAUAUCAAUCCCAGCACAGCAAAUUCUCCAAAACAUCAGGAAUUGGCUCUCCGUAGCCAGCUUCCAACAAUGGAACAAGACGGUGGAUCUCAAAACCCUGUGUCAUCUCCUGGAAUGUCUCAGGAACUGAGAACAAUGACUACAAAUAGUUCUGAUCCCUUUCUUAACAGUGGAACAUAUCACUCCAGAGAUGAAAGCACAGACAGUGGACUUAGCAUGAGCAGUUACAGUGUACCCAGAACCCCAGAUGACUUCCUGAACAGUGUUGAUGAGAUGGAUACAGGUGACAGUAUCGGCCAAAGUAACAUACCAUCCCAUCAGAACCGUUUCCCAGACUACCUUGAAGCCAUUCCAGGGACAAAUGUGGACCUUGGGACACUGGAAGGAGAUGGAAUGAAUAUAGAAGGAGAAGAACUGAUGCCAAGUCUGCAAGAGGCUUUGAGCUCUGACAUCCUUAAUGACAUGGAAUCUGUCUUGGCAGCCACCAAGCUAGAUAAAGAGAGUUUUCUUACUUGGUUAUAGGGGCCUCAGGGAGACUGAAUUCUAAAUCUGUGAAGGAUCUAAGGAGAUUAGAACAUCUGUAUCUGAAGUCCAGAACAAGCCAGUGUGGUGCACUCCGGCUUGUGUUCAGAAAAAGUAAAUGAACAAAUACUCAACAAGAUUCUUUGGGUUUGCUCUUCCUUGUCCAUCGCUGCUGUUAUAUAUUGCUGACUUUUUUCCACAGUUGACUCUGAAGAACAGACAUCUUCUUGAUCUUUUUCUAUUGCUGUUGCAACUACUGUUUGGGGGGGUGGGGAGGGAUGAUGAGCCUAUUUUGGAUGACGAAUGCCAUUCCUUUUGUCCUAGUGUGCGCUUGCAUAUCAUUUUAUCUUAAGUACUCAGAUUUGAGAGUUAAUUUCUGCAUGUCAGUGCUUGUAGUUUGCUCAGCUAGUUGUCUCUUGCUGCCUGUGGCAAGUGGUAAAACAUGACAUACUGGGGUGACAAGCCAAAAAUGAUGUAUCUGGUCAAAAAAAGUCAAUACUGAUUUGGAGAUACGAUGUAAAGGAGGGCUGAAGACUGUUUGGCAUUAAGUGUUCCUACUAGUAGCUCUUGCAUUAGCCACAAAGUGCUCUUGUUCAUAUUUUAUGUUAUAGUAAAUCAUGAGUCAUUUUACAUAGAAACAUAUAUGAAUUUUGAUUGUUGCCACAUACUCUAGCCUAACUUCCAUUUGUCAGAAAUACUUUGAUUAUUUUUGUUAGUUGGUUUAACUGUAGCUGUAGGAUGGGAAGUAAUUAUAGGUGUUCCGGGGUUUUUUUAAUAGUGAAAUCUAAGGGUUUUUUUCUGAUUUCACACAGUCUUAUUUAAAUCUGAAUUGUCUGCUUUUUUUAUACUUAAACCAUGCCUAUUGUAGCCUGAUAAGCUAGUGAGUACAUAAACCAGUAUGUUUUGCCUGUAACUUUUUUAAUUUUUUUAAAGGCUAGCUUUGAAUGUAAUCAUUAGAUUUCAUGACCAGUGGCUUAUUUUUCAUGUGUAUUUGCAAGACUUUGAAUUAGAAUCUGAUUACAGCAACGUAAAAAUUAGAGUCCUUUGUCAUGUGUACAAAUUUUAAAGGCAUUUUAAAGUAGCAGAACCAUUUUAAAAUUACAUCUUAUCUCUCUUCUGGUUUUCAGUUUUAGUCUCCAAGUGAGUUGGGAUUUUAAAAUCCUUAAUGGGAAAAAAAUUAUAAAAGAUUUCUCUCAAGUUAGCAUGGACAAAAAUUCUGAACUAUUAAUAUCACUGUGCAUUGCAAUGAAAAGGCUAGAACACCAAAAAACUUCUCAAUAAAAUCUUCUAAGUGUAAUAGUUACCAAGUUCUGUUUGGUGAAAAAUAAGCCCUGGACACUAUAUGUAGAAGAAUGUAAAGAUAUGUGUUAGAUGGUGACAUGAGCAGGUAAUGAAGUGUAUAUUAGUAGUAGAGCUUAGCAUGGGGUAGAGGUGAAUAUGAAUAAUUUUUAUUUUAACAGGAAAAGAUGUAUCACUAAGUUGUCUGCAGGAGUUGACACAAGUUUCCAAAGAGUAUUUUUAAAUGAACAAAGCGAGCAUGAAUCAAACUUUCAAUAUAAGCUAUGAAUU